AAAGUGCUCACUGGGAUCAUUGCUCUCAAUUGUCUCGUCUUUGCGCUCUUCCAUAUCCCGCCUUACUGGGCAGUGGCGAGACCAAUCAGCCGCUUCCUCAAUACGUACGGCUCAGCGACACUUCAAGGCUGUACACGCAACCCAGUAGCCUUGUUGACCUCUGGCUUCUCGCACAGUGAGAUUUGGCACCUCGGCUUAAACAUGGUCGGCUUCUACUCUAUCGCAGGCGCCUUGUACGACUCAAUGGGCACGAACCAGUUCCUUGCCAUGUACACUAGCACCAUUGUCCUCUCAUCCUUUGCGCAGCUCGCUCUGACAGCUUUUCAAGCGCGUCGUGGCAUCAUGCCUAUUGGCUCACUGGGUGCCUCCGGUGGCAUCUAUGGGUUACUUGGUCUCCUAGCCUGGUACCAACCAGGGGCUCAACUAGCCCUUAUCUUUCUCCCAUUCAUCCAUUUUAGUCUUGGCUACGCAUUC